ACGCAUGUGGUUCAUCCGCUACACGCCACAGACAGGGAAGUCAGCUGUUUGUGUGGUUAUAAUCGUAAACGUUAAAGAUCGAACGGUGUCAUCAUGUCCAGGGUGCCGAUGGGCAAGGUGUUGCUGCGAAAUGUUAUUCGUCACACAGAUGCCCACAACAAGAUCCAAGAGGAGUCAGAAAUGUGGAAGUUGAGGUGGAUGGAGAAGGGUCCGUCCACCAGCCACAAACCGAUGCCACCAUCUUCAAAUCCAUCCAGGAGUCACAUGCACUGUGAUCGUGUGGAGGAUGGGUCUGUAGAUAGACUGGGAGACCGGCUGCGGAGAAGAGAACACAGCUCUGGCCAGGACGAGAGGGAGGCACGCUACUGGACCAAGGAACUCUAUGACUUCGAAGCCAAUGAUCCAGACAGAUGGGGACACAGCGGUUUUAAGGAGCUAUACCCAGAGGAGUUUAAAAGUGACUGGGAAAGAGACCGUGGUGAUGAUCAGAAUGGGCAUUGCAGAAAGAAAAAUACUAAGUCCAGACUUAAAACAGCCAAAUCAAAACAUCUGAAGAAGUCGUCCAAGAAGAAGAAGAAGAAGAAGAAGAAGAAAGAGGAAAAGAGGACAGGUGAGUCAGAUGGUGAGUCCAGCAGCGACAGUGUCAAACAGAAGAGGAAAAGCAGCAAGAGCAAACAUAAGAGGAAAAAGAGUGAGAGAGAGGAGGAGAGCAGCUCAGAGGAGAGAGGGAGAAGGAGGAAACGACAGAUGGACUCCCACAGAGACUCAGGACCAGAGUCACACAAGAAGAGGAAAAACUGGAAAGCAGGAGAGGACAAAUCAGAGGACAGUUCUGAGGAUUGAACCUUUUCCAUUGGCAGCCAGUAACCUGUAACUUCAUAGUGCUCCCUUUCAGUUGCCUGUCUCAAAGCUUUCACAGUUACACCCCACUUCCACUUGAGUCCAAUGUUUCCCACUAGAUUUCUUGUGAACACGGCCAUCACCAUAGCUAGAUAUGUUUGUGAUUUAUCCAAUGACAAAAGAACUGAGGAAUUGGCUAAAGUACAAAUACAACUUUUGAACAGACCUACUGGCAGGGGAAAGCAUAUKGUUCUUCGCUUUACACCUUUCCUCUGCAAUACUCUUGUGUUUUACUUCUUUCUGUGUACUGCUGAGCACAAACCUGUGUUCUCCUCCCCUUGGGCAUUCUUCACAGUAAUACCUCACCUGUUACUGGUUCUGCUCCAGCUGCAGUGCUCAGGUAGUGAGCUGACACUGCACAAAUAUGGACUCAGAAAAGCCACCUCAUGACAAACUGACUGUAGAGCCAUGUCUCAUAGUUAGUGUCCAGGCUUUACUUUAGCUGUUAUAUUAUGGAAAAUUGUAAUUUUAUGCAGAUUUCCCAACCAAUUAUGACAAUCUCUUCUGCUUUUUUUAUUCAGUAUUUAUUUUUGAAAACUUUUGUAAUUUAUGGUGGUCAAGAUUUCAUGGAAUGCCAGGACAACAUUGAAAAUAAAAUGCAUAUUUGUUUGUAAAAAUGUACUCUGGUUAUCACACCACACAUUUAGACAUAUCACAUACAUCCCAUGUAUUGUUUUGAAUACAGGAUAUCUACAUGACUAUCAUUCACUAUUCUCAGUAGGUCUAUAGCCAUUCUAUUCCAUGAACAUGAGCAUGUAUUUUACUCUUCAUGCAUCCAAUUCUACAUUAAAUAUUGCUUCCAUAUGG